UAAUGUGCGAUGUCGAGAGACACGUAUAAUUGAAACGCGCGUGCGCAUUUUAUAUGAGAUACAUAUACAGAAAUCUGUGCCGUGAAUAUCAUUGUGUAAAUAAAGAAUUUAUAAAGCUGAAGUUUCUGAGUUUCAAAGACUUGUAUAAUCAACAAAUGAACUUUCCUUCUCUUUUCUUAUCGGAUAGGGAGCAGUAGAUAGGACACAGUUACAGUGAAACCACAUGUUAACCUGGUCUUCUCUCUAAAAGUUAAUAAUCGGUCAUUAAUAUAGUAAUAACAAUGACAGUCGAAUUAACUAACGACGGGAAUCAACGUUUAAAAAGCAUGAAAGAUGGCUUAAUUGAUUUUGUUGCUGGAUCUCUUGGUGGGGUAGCACUUGUGUAUGUUGGACAACCAUUAGACACUGUUAAGGUAAAAAUGCAAACAUUUCCUUCCAUGUACAAUGGAAUGGUCAAUUGUUUUGUAAAGACAUUGAAAACGGAUGGAAUAAUGCGUGGUUUAUAUGCAGGAACUGUGCCUGCAGUCGUUGCUAAUGUUGCAGAAAAUUCAGUUCUAUUUGCAGCAUAUGGAGGAUGUCAAAAAGUUAUUUCGAAUUUAUUAGGUGUGAAGAAGGUGGAGGACCUAACAUCUAUACAUAAUGCUUGGGCCGGAUUUUUCGCUGCUUUCUUCUCUUCGUUAACAUUAUGCCCAACAGAGCUAAUAAAAUGUAAAUUGCAAGCGAUGGCAGAAAUGGAAAAAGAAACUAACAAGUUAAAGUGUUCCGUUAGGAAACGAGUUAGCUCGUGGGCACUGACAAACCAAGUUAUUAAGGAACAAGGCAUACGAGGCCUAUUCACUGGCUUAUCGUCCACUAUAGCACGUGAAAUGCCUGGAUAUUUCUUUUUUUUUGGAGGUUAUGAAAUCACUAGAGAAUUACUCAAAAAACCACAUGAAACUCGGGACAAUAUCGGUUGGCAAAAAACCAUGAUUGCCGGUGCCGUUGGUGGUUCUAUUCUAUGGCUUGUAAUUUUCCCAGCAGACGUAGUUAAAAGUAGAAUACAGGUAAAAAACUUAAAAGAACCGGCACUAGUAGUAUUGCAGAAUAUUGUCAAGAGCGAAGGUUUUUGUUCAUUGUACAAUGGCUUGAAACCAACAUUAAUAAGGACAAUACCAGCGACGGCGACGUUGUUCGUUACCUACGAAUAUACUAAAAAAUUUAUGCAUAGUUAUAUCGACUGACUAUGAUCGAACUUGUACUCAUUAAUUUAAAGUACAUGAAUGGAAAAAUGGGUUUGUCUAAUAACAAUAUAUAUACAUACGUAUGUAAAUAUUAUAUUAUAUUUUCAUGUUAACAUAAAUAAUGCAAUAAAUUGUAAUAAAAUCGUUCAGUAUUUGGGAAAAACUACACAAACCAAAAAAUGUGUUAUGUGAUAUAUUUGUAAAACCUAUUUAAAAAUUGUAUGACUAAAAUAGAAAUCACAAUAUGAAAUUAUAUACUUACCUAUUUGGUUAAAAACAUUAUGGCCAUUGGGAAAUAAACGAGAAAUAAAUUGUUCACAUUUUUCUUUCUAACUACAUAUUGUGAAAUUUAUUCUUUCAAAUAAUCAGUUGGUUCUUGUUCGUAAAUUAGUUCUUUCAGAUAAUGUGUUCUAUCACAAGUAUCUAAGGUUUGCCAAAUAUCUUUAUUUACCUGGAAGAAUAAUAAGUAUAUUUACAUUUCAUUAAAAAAUUUUGAUAUCAAUAAAUUAAUUAUCAAUUUCAAAAGCAUGGUAUCAUUACUGGAAUUGGUGUAUAUCCAAUCAUUUGAAGUUGCCUCAGUCUUGCAUAUGUUGGACCUAUAUAUCCACCAUGUUCUGGUACUACAGAGUUACUAUUUAAUGGAACUAUAACUUUCCACUUUAUUGUUUGUAAAUGCUCUCUAGGCACAGUUUUAAUUGAUCCAUUUGGCAUUUCUGAUAAAAUGGAUGCAAUUGGUACCAAUUUGUUUUGUUCAUCGAAACCGAAAACUACAUCCGGGAAAAAAUGAUGGGGUAGAAUGUAAUCAAUACAUAUGUCUGUUCCCAAUAGCUCCUGUUAACGAUUUAAACAGUCAAUAUCUAUCGUCUUUAGUAGUUAUUGAUAUUCUUUUCUCAAUAAAUAUACCUUGCACAAUUGUAUAACUUCUGUUCGAAAUUUUACAAGAGGGAAUUUUCCACGUAACUCCGACUUACGGCAGAACUGCUAAGAAAGUAACUGUCAAUCAUUAACACUCAUUCAAAUGAACUUUUUAGUAAUAUUAAAUGUUACCUCUACUAAACACUUAUAAAUAUCGUCGCUCAGCAGUGGACCCGUAUAAUGUGGUAAUUCUAUUUGAAUUGUACAAUGAAGAGAUAAGAAAUCGUUUGUCAAUAAUUUCAAGCUAUAUUUGUAUGCGUUUUUCACGAACAUGGGAUCUAGCACAUGUCUAAUUAGUUCUUCUGGAAAGAUCUUUUUAUAUGAUAAAUAUAGAACACAACGAAAAAAAUUUUUUGGAAACCUGUUAACAAGUUGUAGAAUAAGUUAAUAUUUUUCUAUGUUACUGGUAUGAGCAUAUGUAAUGUUAACGGUAUCCGAUAAGAACUCACUGUGAAAUUUCUUUUGCUCUAGUCGUUUGAUAUGAUGACAAUAAUAAAUUCAGAAACUUGUUACAAGUAUCGUGAUAUUCAGAAAUAGGAGUAAUUACACAGACAGCAUAGAUAAUCCUUUCAAUAUCUUUUAAUCUUGCUGAUGAAAAUUCAUUAUCUAAUCUGGAUUAAACAUCAAUAUCACAAUUCUUAAAAAUGAACAUAUCACUAAUAUUAUUGUUUUUCAUUAAAUAUGAGUUACCUUUGAACAAUAUGGUUCAUUAAAAUAGGAUCAUACACACGUGUAGCACCCAUUAUAUGAGCAAUGUGUGUUAAGGUAUGUAAUGAUUGUAUGUUUUCUACUAUUGAUUUUACCUUUGUUAGCAAUUUUACAAGUUUCUCUGUAUCAUAGCAGUUCUCACUGUACCUAAAAACAUAUGUAUAUUUUAUUGAAUUAAAACAAACAGAGCCAUUUACUAUGAA